AUGGCUCAACCUCAGCAGCAGAUGCAGGUGCAGGUGCCGCCUCGCGCGUUCUCUCCGCCGCAGCACUCCCCCUCGCCCGCCGCGUCGCAGUCGAGCUUCGCCCUCCCACCACAGAAACGAAUUCGAACCGACGGUCCCUCGUCCCAGCCCGAGUCGCCGUACGCAACUUCCCCCUACGCUGCCAGUCCAGGUGCUGUAGCUACGCCGCCUGCGACGACAGGAUCUCCUGCAUAUGCGCAAAGUCCUGCUCUGCCCCAGCCGUAUGCUACACCCUACACCAACGGACACACGACGCCUGGCCUGAAUCUUCCAGAUGUGCGACCGAACUCGACACCUCCAAUUCAACACCCUCAACAACAUCAACAGCCCGUACCCCAAUAUACCAACGCAACUAUGACACCUGUCCCUGUGCCUACGCCUGGCCAGUUGAUGCCUCCAACUCCAGGUCCUGGCGUCAUGGGUCCUCCGCAAAGACCAGCAGAACGGCCGACCAAAGACUACGAAUACGAUGUAACAGAUUCGCUUGCUGGCACCGGUAUCGAUCUUCGAGCUGAGGAACAGUAUAUGAACGACCUUUACGCGACCGGGUUCGACGAAGCACGGACAGGGUUUGCCCAUCAGCAGCCAGGAUCCAAGUCGAGCUUUUAUGGAGCGGGACCAGCGAACCAACCAGCGCAAUCUGUCCAAGACCAGCAGCAGGAGCAAUUUGCUGCGCAGCAAGCGGAGAGGGCCUGGUCGGAGUCUUCAAUGCGGCUUGCUCUUCAGCGAACGCAGGAAAUAAGCGAUCCAUUUUUGCUUGUUGCCAUGCUGCAUCGACGUGCGGAUAAAAUCGCACGUGAACACCACUUGGCGCUCAACCUGGAUUUGAAGAACAACAGUCAGACGAUGGGAAAGAUGCGACUUCCGGAACAGUUCCCGGCGCCAAAAGUGACUGUGAAAGUGACACCAGGCCCGGACUCGACGAUGGUUCAUACGACAGGUUCCUACAUUCCACACGACGCUUUUCUGGUAGACCAAUUGGCAUUAAUGUCCAUUGCCACGAAGCAACGACUGCGAGAAUUGGUGGAAGAUGCACACGUGGUAGCAUCAAACCGGCAAAAGACAUCACAUGGUGACAUACCUGAAGACUGGCUACCAGCGGCCGCCCCCAUGAAUGUCGAGCCAUUGGAACCGAUUGAGAAGCCGGCGGAGACGGUUAGCAAUGUCGAUGAAGCUCCUGUGGACGGCGCGGACGGGGAUAGCACGAAUCCGCUGAAGCGCUCUACUGAUGCAGCUGGGCUGACUAACGGCGCACCUCCUGCUAAGCUACCUAAAGUGUCGUCAUAUAUGACAAUCACGAUGCGAGAUCUGGCAAGACAGGAGCGUGAUUGGGAAGAGGCACGGCUUCGCAAGCGUCAACAGCGCAAGGACGGAAUACCAGACUCGGGAACCACGACGUCGCGUGCUGGCAGUGUGGCACCGGGUACUCCUGGUGCUGCCGCGCCGGAAGCUCCUAAAGCCAUGACCAAGAAGGAGAUGAAGAAGAACCAACAAAUCAAGGCAGCGGAAAUCGACAGCCAUCAGAGCCAAAACACUACCAGUAGCAUCUUCGCCGGUCUGGGAGGCAAAGGUGGUCUUUUUGGUAAAAAGAAGACGGGCAAGACCUACGACUGGAUGAACGUCGGACGCGGAGGCAGUGGGGCUAGCACCCCGACCAGAAACGCCCCGGGAGCCGGAAAGGGCUCCGGAGGUGCGGGAGCGGCGCCGUCGCCGGCCAGCAUGGCCAUGACCACGGAAGGACGUAACCGGCUCGGCACGUGGCGAGAAGACAAAGAGAAAGGUCGAAAUAUCCAACUGCGUGACUGGGCGGCAGUACUAGAGAGGGAUGGACGAGAAGGCAAGGCACUCCAAAGAGCUUACUUGCACUUGGACGCGUCAAACCCCAAGUAA